AGGAGACACACAAGUAAACUUGAAGUGUUCUUCCUCAAUAUCUUCUUUGGUUCACUAGCUCUCUCAGUUGGUAUUUCAUAACCAACUAAUUAGCUAGCUAGUUAAGUAACAAUGGAAGGAAACGGCGGCUGCUUUUCAAGUUUCAUUCAGAGUUCAAAGCCAUACAUAGCUAUGAUUUCUCUGCAAUUCGGCUAUGCCGGAAUGAACAUCAUCACUAAGGUUUCGCUCAAUCGUGGAAUGAGCCACUAUGUGCUUGUUGUUUACAGGCACGCCUUCGCCACUGCAGCUAUUGCUCCAUUUGCUCUUGUUCUUGAGAGGAAAAUAAGACCCAAGAUUACAUUUCCCGUUUUCAUGAAACUUUUUGUACUGGGUCUUCUUGGGCCAGUGAUUGAUCAAAACUUCUACUAUGCCGGACUGAAGUUCACAUCCCCCACCUUCUCUUGUGCCAUGAGUAACAUGCUCCCAGCAAUGACAUUUGUCAUGGCCGUCCUUUGCAGGAUGGAAAAGCUGGAGAUGAAGAAGGUUAGAUGUCAAGCGAAGCUGAUAGGCACUAUAGUGACAGUGGCCGGAGCCAUGUUGAUGACGUUGUACAAAGGAAACAUCAUUAGCUUUCCCUGGUCGGCUCACUCGAACAACACCAAUAAUGCCUCUAGUGCAACUAAUAAUGAGGACAAGGACUGGCUCAAGGGAUCCAUUCUGCUCAUCUUGGCCACCUUUGCCUGGGCGUCUUUCUUUAUCAUUCAGGCAGUGACACAGAAGAGGUACCAGGCUCCUCUAUCCCUCACCGCAAUCGUCUGCUUCUUGGGCACUCUCCAGUCCAUAGCGGUUACUUUCGUCAUGGAACACAAGCCGGCAGCUUGGACCAUUGGUUGGGACAUGAACCUUCUUGCUGCUGCAUAUGCUGGCAUAGUUUCAUCGAGCCUUGCAUACUACAUUCAAGGGCUGGUGAUGCAGAAAACAGGUCCGGUUUUUGUCACCGCUUUCAGCCCUCUUAUGAUGAUCAUUGUUGCUGUCAUGGGUUCUUUCAUCCUUGCUGAGAAGAUAUAUCUGGGAGGAGUUCUGGGUGCUGUAUUGAUUGUCAUGGGACUCUACUCGGUUCUCUGGGGCAAGUACAAGGAGUACAAAGAAAAAGAAGCUGAGAGCUUUAAAAUUCCUCAAGCAAUAAAGGGUAGCACAGCUACUACAGGAGAUAUCACUGCUAGCUUACAAGACAUUGAAAUUCAAAAGAGCACCCAACCUAACCCCAAGGAAUGAAGCCCCAAAAUUUAGAGAAAACAUUCUAGAGAGACCUUUCUUUUCUCUUUGGUCCCCAUAUAUAGUUGCCUCUGACCCUUUUGUUUUUAUUCUCUUUUAUUUUUGCGUUCACUUAUUAUGAUGUACGAAAGUUUCUAUAUAUGAGAAGAAUAAUGAGAUUUUUUUGAGAUGAAGAAGAAUAAUGAGAUAUU